AAAAGAACAUUGUCCAACGACUGGUUAUCUUAAAACACAGAGGAAUGGUUCAUCUGGUGAUCUAAAGGUGGUUUGUACAGAACUCAACAGAAGGUGUUUUGUUUCUGUAAACAGUCUUUGAUUUUGAACAUUACAUCAGCGAAACAUGUUCCAUCAUCUGGUGAUCUAAAGGUGGUUUGUACAGAACUCAACAGCAGGUGUUUUGUUUCUGUAAACAGGCUUUGAUUUUAAACAUUCCAUCAGUGAAACAUGUUCCAUCAUCUGGUGAUCUAAAGGUAAUUAAGAACAUUGCAUUUGUCAUCAUCCUUAGUAAAGAACAAAUUCGACGAAGGACGUUUUGUUACCGCAACUAACUUUUAUUUUAGACCAUCAAUUAUAGUAACAUUUUCCACCAUCGGGUGAUCAAAAGGUGGUUUAUAAGCAACUAGACAGAGGGCGCUUUGUUACAAAAACCGGACUUUCCAUCAGAGUAACAUUGUCCAUCACGCAGUGAUUUUAAGAGGCAAUUUGUAAGCAACUAGACAGAAGGCGUUUUAUUACGACCCCCCGGACUUUCCUCCAAAGGAAAAACUGUCCAUCACCUAGAUUUCUUAAGGGAUCUUUGCAAUAAACUGCCCCACUGCUGCCAUCAUGAAGACCUGUCUGAAGAAGGCGCUCACCGCUAUUGGAAUCAUCAAGGCCCUGGUUAGUAGGACGCUGUUUGCCGCGCACGGCUUCGUCUGCAUCUGGCGCGUCGUGGUUGUCAAGGACAACCCGCUCUUCUGGUGUCUGACGGCUUCUCUACCCUUGCUGGUGUUUGAGGCAAUCUUCACGGUGAAGAAGAAGAAAGGAGGAGAGUGGAAAUGGUAUCCUGGUGUUCACAGAAUGCGCUCGUUUCAAGUUAGGAUAGGUACGACUUUGAUGUUUAUUUAUAGGAUAUGUCCCAGUGUGUUUCUAUAUCUGGGAAUUACAGUACCAGCAAUAUGGUUUCUGGAGUUGGACCUGCUCGAAAAAAGACUACAUGGUCGCCAUAGCAACAACUUGGACACACGUAAGAAAGUUCACGGAACAGUCUUACCAGGACAGAUAGAGAUUCCGAUAUUCCUGAAGCCAGACGACUGGUGUAAGAUCCUCGAGCAGAUGCUGCUGCUCAUCCUCAUCAUCGGAAGAUGGCUCCUGCCCAAAGGGGAGAUAACUCGAGAGCAGCUGUCACAGUUGUUGCUCGUCUACAUAGGAAUGGCGGCCGAUAUCAUCGAACUAUUUGAAGCGUUCAAGGAGAAACAGGUUAGAAACAAUCGAAUUCUGACUCUCACCAUCAUGUCACUGUGGACAGCCAGUCUGCUACAAUUCACGUUCGUGCUGACCGCCACCAAGUCGAAAACGACCAGACCCGUCCUCACCCGUUCGAAAAGUUCCGCCUCCACUCGGUCGACCGCCGGCGGAAGACGAUGUUGUCCGACCGAAGCGAUCUCCAUCAUCGUCAGCGUUUUUCUGCAGGACGGUCCUUUUCUCGUUCUGCGCAUGAUGCUCAUCUUCCGGUUCCGGGUUCUUAGCUACACCAAUCUGUUCUUCACGCUGAAGAACAGCCUCGUUAUCACGCUGCAGUUUUAUCGUCUGCUUAUUCUGUUUUGUCAGAAGCAGGAUCGAGACCCGCUCGUCAUGGGAGAAGAUUUCGAUAAAAACGCAAGUCUCAUUUCUGAUGAGAAAAAUGGCGUACCAAAAUCAGCUUUUGAAAAUGGAAAAUCUAGAACAAUGAGUCUUAAUUACGCCAAAGGUGGGUCUUUUGGACGAAAGGACUCCGUGCUAAGACGCCAAUAUUCUGUCUGCUCCACCUCACAGCAGAGCCCGGAUGUAGAAUUUAAGCACUGCGGAAAGUCGUCCAAUGAAUCGAUUAAAAGUCUAGAACAAUCAGAUAUUGACGAGGAGAGCUACAUAAUUCAGAGAGCACUCGAUAACUGCCUUCUGAAGCUGAAAAACGCUAACCAGUCUAUCGGAACUGGCGCUCUAGUCGGAGGGAUUGAUGACGUCAGCAGAAAACAUGUCAGUUUUGAUGAUGGUAUGCCUGAGAGUUUUGGCUUAAUGGAUGUGGCUCAACAACCCAAGAUGGCUGCUCCAGAAAACAAAGAAAUGAAAUCUGGCAAAGAAGAACGCAUUGGAAAAGGAAAAGGGAAAUCCAAAGGUAAGAAAAAGAAGGUCAAAAGUCAUGAGGCCGAAGGACACUGGGAUGAGGUCAAGAAGCUCGCAUCCGCUAUUGCGUUUAUCAACGAGACAGAGAAAUACAGAUCGUUCCUUCUGCAUGAGCAGAAACAAAAUGGCGGCCCGUAUGCCUAUGACGACCAAAAGACUGGAUACAAAUCAGGAAAGCUAGAGGACAGUGGUGGCUAAAGAGAAUCAAUUCUUCGCUGAGCCUCGUGCUUGUCAUCAAUUUGGAACCCUUAAGAUGACACUCUUUAAUUGCCACCGCACCCAAACUGAGUUUGGUUUGCACGACUUUGAAAGUCAAGAUGGCCGCCGUAGCUACUUUUGGUCAAGAGAGGAGACAAUGGUUUACCAAUCCUGAAGCGAGAGUCGUUGGCGCCUCACGGGAGCCUAGAAAGACUCACUUUUAAAUUAUUUUCAUAGCUAUUAAAGUGACAGACCCUAGUUUUUAAACACUACGGCGUACUGUUCUCUAUUAGAGCCGAUUUUGGUAUUGGAAUCAGAUAUUACUUACAUUCCAUUGUUUGAAUUAUCCAUUUCAGUACAUCCUAAAUGUUUCUGGUCAUUCUGGUGUUUCUGAUAACAUGAAACACAUUAUAAA